AUGGCGUCUUCCGCGUUCCGCAAGAUAGGAAACACCGGCACUGCCCUAGAUCGACGAUCAAACAUGGGUAUCGAAGACUUGGGUCCCACGCACGUAACCCCCGAAGUCAAGGAGAUCCGUGAUAUGGACGAGCUCGAAGAACUCACCAAACUUCGACAUCCUGACCCAUCACUAACGCACAAGCUGGAGAUACAAUUUCCCGAACUGCAAGUCCUCGGUUCGUGGAAGAAAUUGACACUAUUGAAGAAGGGAGGCAUGAAGGCCCGUUUGGCAUUCAGCAGCUUUAUUUGGAAUAGUAAACUCUAUGUCGGAGGGGGAGCUUAUGAAACGAAAGGCCCGUGGCUUCGCGAUUUAUGGUGUCUGGAUCUCGAGAAACUCGACAAAUGGCGCCAGUUGCCAUCAUAUCCCGUCAGCGAGCAGUAUACGGGAGUCUGGCUCCUCUGGCGGUUUUCUAUUCACAACAAUCGGGCGUACCUCGUAACUGGGAAGGCAGAAGUUGACUACUUUGAUCUAAUAACGGAGGAAUGGGGCUCUGUUAUGACGACCUACAAGCGGACGGCGGCGGACAAGAAAGCUGGGGUGCAUGAACAGUGGGUAUUCCCUGUCUGGAAUAUUUUGGAUUCAACGCAAGAGGUGGUAGGCGACAUCUUGUAUCUUUUUGGAGGAACGCACGGAGAGUGUAUCAUUGGCACGAAUCUCUUCGUGCAGCUGGAUCUGAAGACGAUGGAAUGGACGCGAUUGAGCGGAACCCUUAGACCUGGUGAGAUCGCCGAUUAUUCCUGCCCUGGGCCGAGGAAGACACCGUCAAGCUGGGUGGAUCGUGACCAGGAGCGGAUUUAUCUUAUUUUCGGAGAGUGUGAUCGGUCGGCUGGGAUUGCGAAAGGUGAUCGCCAUGCGGCGGAACACGGGUACGCGUACGAAGACUUUUGGAGCUGGGAUAUAAAAGCAAAGGAGUGGAGGAUGGAGAGACUCGUCGGGAACGUACCUUGCCCGCGGUCGGAGGCGGCUUGCACAUAUAAUCCGAAGAUGGAUAAAACUGUCAUUUUUGGAGGGUACAACCCUACGCUCCCAACGCAAUUUGGGAAUAAUUUUUUUCCAUUCAGCUACUACGCUGACACAUUUAUGUAUUUCCCUCCGCCUCCGCCUUCCACUCGCAGUAUCUUUCCACCGUCCUCGGGAAAGUGGAAACACGUCCUCACCCCCGGAUUCCCAACUUACCGUGCUCAGUCGCAGCUUCACACUGACCCUGCAACGGGGAAGAUGUAUUUGUUUGGUGGCUACGUUAAUACCGACUCUGUACCGUCCCGCAAGACGUACAACUCGAGGACAUUCGGUGAUUUGUGGCAAUUGCGGGUUGAUGCACCUGGAGGUUUCUUUGACGAGAAAGACGUCGAUCUCGAGGAAGAGCGGAAGACAGCUAUGGUUGGUCCAUGGCAGAGGUGCUUUACUUGUGGAAGCACGGGAAGGUGGAAGAAAUGUGGAGGGUCUUGCAAGGGGCAGGCAUUCUUCUGCGAUUCAGAAUGUUUGAGGGAGGGAUGGAAAGAACAUAAGUGGGCUGACUACAUAUUUCCCAUCAACGAACUGGAUACGUCGGAUGCGGAAGCCAAGUUGCUGCUGCCAUCUCCUCAGCAAAACGCCGAGCCUCCUCGCAGCUCGACGACUUGCUUCCUCUUCUCGGAUGCGGGCCUCAUGUGCCUGGCGCUCAAGCUUGCUGACUGCGACGGCUGGGUAGGAACCUACUCCCACCCUCCCUCUCAACCUACUACCGACGACGAUCGCUGGAACCUUGACGAGUGGAAGUGGGACGCAUUGAAGGCUUCCAUGGCCCGUUCUCCACGACGUCAACACUAUCCAAGACCUGAGUUCCUCUUCAGCGCUGAGCGACCGGGCUAUGAAGACACUAUAGCCCAAUUCAUUCCGCGCAAUGAGCUUCUUCGCCUGUACGGCGUGGACCGCACGUUAUUCGACAUCGUGAUGAACGAACGUUAUCGAGAAACGCUUAUUUACCAUUUGGGUGAUGAGAUGACACGUCAAUGUUUGGUUUCCUACAUUGCAAGACGCGUCCGUACCCUCCACCUUCGUCUUGAUUUCUUUGGAAAGCCACUCGCUUUUCAUGGGCAGAAGAAGAGCUUGAGUCAGAGUUUGUUACGCAAGCUCUCGAAGGAGGAGAGGCAGUCCGCUGCUACUGCCAAGGCAUCAGUGCAGUUGUUGCGGAGCAUCACCAACUUGAUGAAUUUGGUGACUCUGGACCUCGAGUGUCAGAAUUACCCCGUGGACGACUAUAAACUCGCCAUUCCGUUCAUUAUGAAGGGAUGGGUGGUAUAUGGAUCUGUCUUGCGUACAUUGUCGCUCAAGAUUCCUCUUGAGACAGUCAAAGAGUGUGUACCUCCGCCUUUAAGGCUUCCAAGCCUUGAGGAUCUAUCGAUCCACAUUUUCACCGCGUAUCUCAUGACGGAUGCCACAAAGCUCGUGCGCAGCCUUCUGGUCCCUUUCGUCAAUCGACACAGCUUAACCAUCGAAUCCCUUAGCAUCUACACCCCCAUGGCAUUCAACUACAACAUAUCUCCGAUCUUCGGGGAACUCGAGUACCUCCCGUGUCUGACCAAGAUUGAUGUAUAUUUUCCGUUUAUAAGCCUUCAACAAAUAGAUUCAGCUGGUCUGCAUCACUUGCUUAUGGCGCAAUCAGCGAGCCUCCUUACUCUUCGGAUCUGGUUGUUCAUUUGA